AUCUUGUUCAUUGUUGUUUAGCUUGAAAGAUAGCUAGUAUAUUUGUGUAGUUAUACACGCUGAGAAGCCCACAUUUGGUAUCAGAGACAGUGAGGGAAGAUCUAACCAGUGUGGUUGAGGGAAAACACGAGUGACACAACAAACAAAAAAACACAAUUCCAAUAUGCAAGGUUCUGGCAAUGGUGGGUCUGUGAACCAACUUCCUUUGUUCAAGGGAGUGAAUUAUCACUUUUGGAGUCUCAAGAUGAAGACAUUGUUCAAGUCUCAGGAGCUGUGGAGCAUGGUUGAGGAUGGGUUUGUUGAUGAUCAGCCCGAGGAGCCUGAUCAAGCUCUUAGAGAAAAGAGGAAGAAGGAUGCUAAAGCUCUUUUUCUCAUACAACAAGCUCUUGAUGAUGCUGUGUUUCCUCGCAUUGCUGCAGCAUCCACCUCUAAGGAGGCCUGGAGUAUUCUCAAACAAGAAUACUUAGGAGACAAGAAAGUCAUAAUGGUUAGGUUACAGUCACUUAGAAGGGAGAUGGAGAAUGCACGCAUGAAGGACAAAGAGUCAGUGCAGGACUAUCUCUCCAGAAUUACAAACAUUGUUCAGCAAAUGAAGUCCUAUGGUGAGGACAUCAAACCUCAGCAGGUUGUGAGCAAGGUGAUGAGAAGCCUCACACCUAGAUAUGGGCAGCUUGUGUGUGCCAUUGAGGAAUCCAAAGAUCUAGAGAUCUAUACAUUUGAAGAAUUGAAGGGCUCUCUUCAAGCCUAUGAAGAAAGGGGCAAUGGUGAAACUGAAAGAGGUGAAGAACAGGCUUUUCAAGCCAAGGAGGAGGCACCCAGAGAACAACCUUUCCCGUCUUCAAGCAGGGGUAGAGGGAGAGGUAGAGGAGGCUUUAGGGGUGCUCACCGAGGAAGGGGUAGAGGGAGAGGUCAUCCCAGCAAUGAGGGGAGGCAAGACUACUCCAAAGGCACUUCUAAGGCUCCAAUCAAGUGUUACUAUUGUAACAAACCCGGGCAUAAAGAGGCAUCAUGCUGGAAAAAGGAAGAGGAUAAGGAGCAGGGCAAGUCAGAACAAAAGUCAAAUUAUGCUGAGGAAGAACACCUCUUCCUUGCUCAACAUAAUUCUGAUAAUGUUUGCAGCUCAGUUUGGUAUGUGGAUAGUGGAUGUUCAAAUCACAUGACUAGCUCCAAAUCUCUGUUUAGGGACCUAGAUGAUACCAAGAAAGGUGUAGUGAGACUUGGUGAUGGAAAACAAUUGGCAGUAGAAGGUCUUGGUACCAUUCUAGUUCCCACAGCCCAAGGAAAAACCAAACUCCUACAGAAUGUUCAGUAUGUUCCCCAGCUUGCCCAUAACUUGCUAAGUGUUGGGCAACUUUUGUGUGGAGGUUACUCAGUGGUCUUUGAAAAUGGUGUUUGCACUAUCAAGGAGAGGCUGAGCAAUGAGGCUGUGAUGCAGAUUCUCUAUGUGAAGAAACAAGGUAUGGAUGAGUUUAUUAUAGUUUGCCUAUAUGUUGAUGACAUCAUAUAUUUCAGUUCUUCACAAGCAAUGCUGGAUGGUUUUAAGAGUGCAAUGACAAAGGAGUUCGAGAUGACUGAUUUGGGAAAGCUGCAAUACUUUCUUGGACUUGAGAUAAGACAGAAUAGUAAAGGUAUUUUCCUAUGCCAGAAGAAGUAUGCUAUGGAUCUGUUAAAAAGAUUUCAUAUGGAGAAGUGCGAGGUUGCUAAAACACCAAUGAAUACCAAUGAGAAAUUGCAGAAAUGUGAUGGGACUGAAAGGGCAGAUGAGAGGUUCUAUAGAAGCAUGGUAGGAGGUCUGAACUAUCUCACACAUUCUAGGCCUGAUAUAGCUCUCAGUGUCAGCAUUGUAUCCAGGUACAUGCAUAGCCCUACUAAACAACAUCUUGGUGCAGCCAAAAGGAUUCUGAAAUACAUUUCAGGUACACUUGAGUAUGGGAUUCAAUAUUCAAGUGUAAGAGAGUUCAAACUGAGAGGAUAUACAGACAGUGAUUGGGCUGGGUGUGUGGAUGAUAGGAAGAGCACAUCCGGGUCAGUGUUUGACCUUGGGUCAGGUGCUAUUACAUGGAGUUCAAAAAAGCAAGAAACUGUGGCAUUGUCAACCUCAGAGGCAGAGUAUGUGGCUGCAGGAGCUGCAGCAAAACAAGCCCUAUGGCUGAAAAAACUUUUAUCUGAUCUGUGCUGCAAACAAGAGGAGAGUCCUGAGAUUUGGUGUGAUAGCAAAUCAGCAAUAGCAAUGGCAAGAAACCCUGCAUUUCACUCAAGGACUAAACACAUAGAUGUGCAACAUCAUUUCAUAAGGCAAUUGGUGACUGAAGAAAAGAUAAAACUCCAAUUUUGUGGUACAGAUUGGCAGAAUGCUGACUUAUUCACCAAAGCCUUGAAUCAAGCGAAGCACUACUACUUCAUGGAAAGGAUUGGGAUGUGUAAGCUUGGAUCAAGGGGAGGUGUUGAGACUGAUCCAACUUGACACGUGCAUGCAAGCCUAGGUGGACAUGCAGACAUGGAAAUUUAUUUAUUAAUGCUCUUUGAUUAAGUUUAUUUGUUCUUUAUUAAAUAGUCAAGGUUGUUAGCAUGAAAUUAGGGAAUGAUAAAGUCAUGAGGCUAGAAUGUGGCUUAACGUGCUGCAUGGCUAGUUUUUAGGAGUUUGUUGCAUUAGACGUGUGCUUCAUUUUAAUUUCUUUAUUUCCUUUGUAAUGGCUAUAUAAGAGCCAGAGUUAUUCAUAAUUAUAUGUGAAGUUUUCCCAGAUCUUGUUCAUUGUUGUUUAGCUUGAAAGAUAGCUAGUAUAUUUGUGUAGUUAUACACGCUGAGAAGCCCACAGGGAGCCUGUUUAAACAUAGGGGUCGAUCGGAAUUCACAGGGACCUGCUUUGAAAUCGAGAGCCGUUCUGUCUAAAUCUCGAUCGGAGGCCAACAAGUGGUCUUGAUCAUAGGGAUAUGACCGAGCUCCCCUCGUUAGUUACCCCUCAUUCCAUGCUUCCAUAGUCUCAAAAUACUCCAGCUGCAUGUCAAGCCAAUUGGUCGGUGUAACAGGGAAUUAUAUCUUGUAUUCAUAGUUUUCCCGUUCGGUCAAGGGCAUAGCUGCACGAGCGUUCAGAGAAUGCCACCCGAGAAAGUUAACUGUGGUCCUGCUAUCCUUGAGUCCUUUUGUCCGGCUGUCGGGGUAUCAGCUUGAGACCACUAUACUGGCUGGGAAUACCGUUUGGGUGAUAUAGCACCACCAGAGAUUCCCAUUCUAUCAUGAGGUCCUGCAAGAGGUGAUGAGCCGGUGCCCUCUAGAAUUUCCAUCGAGGGCAUUUUAUUUGCUUGGGCGUUCGGAAUUCUUUCAAUCAUUAGUAGCUCUGGGUAACAGUAUCUAGGAAGACAAAUGAGGGCAGCUUCAAUGGCACAAAACCAUCCAAUGGUCCGAGAUGGCCUGUCGUAUCUCAUGAGCAUAUCUCAGCUCUCUGGCUCGUACUAUUAUGCCGGUCGGGAAUUACCGUUCGGUAGAUAGCAAUAUAAGAUGCAUUGGAGAACAAGGGUUUCAGACUAAGUAGGAGCAAGACAGAGUAGAUGGAGUGCAAGUUUGGUGGAGGUAGAAACAGUGGUAAUAGCGGAAUUACUUUAGAUAGUAAGGAGAUACCGGUCAGCGAUAUGUUCUGUUACUUGGGCUCCAUAAUUCAGAAGGACGGUGAAUUAGAUGGAGAUGUAUCACAUAGAGUUAGAACAGGGUGGAUGAAGUGGAAGAGUGCGUCAGGAUUUCUAUGCGAUCGAGGUAUGCCGACUAGACUGAAGGGUAAAUUUUAUAGGACAACAAUUAGGCCUGCAUUACUGUAUGGCACGGAGUGUUGGGCGGUGAAACAAUGUCACAUUCAAAAGAUGAGUGUGGCAGAUAUGCGCAUGUUGCGUUGGAUGUGUGGGAAUCCUAGAAAGGACCGCGUGAGGAAUGAGACAAUCAGACAAAGGGUGGGAGUAGCACCUAUUGAAGAUAAGAUGCGGGAUUCGCGCCUACGGUGGGAUUGUUGGUCAUGUGCAUAGAAGACCGAGUGAUGCACAUGUCAGACGCGUUGAGAUGUGUGGAGAAGAGGCAGAGAAGAGAGGGAGAGGAAGGCCCAAGCAGACAUGGGUUAGGGGAGUCAGAAGGGAUAUGUUUCUUCUUGGAUUGGAUGAGAGUAUGGCUUUGGAGAGAUCAAAAUGGAGGACGGG